UCACCAGCUGGCUCAUGCUUUGUAUCUUAAUAUGGCUUUAAUGCAAUAUGUCCACCAAAAAUUAUAGUCUAACUGAAACUGCGCCUCUUUUGGGUAAAAGCAGUUUAUUUUGGAUCAUGCACGUGUAAGUUUGUCCUUUUUAUUUAUAGCCUAUAUAUAAAUAUAGGCCUACAGUAUUUUAUUUAAUACUCGAGAUCAUGUCCAGAUCUGACACUGUGAGCCCACCCGUUGCUGGCGCUCCUGGGCUGAGGGGAGGGACGGAACAUAGAUCUGCUUGGGGUGAGUCGGAGUCCGUGGCGAACGGAUGCCCAUACUCGACCAGAUCCUCCAGCAGGAAGCUCAUACGGUCCAACAGUCGCUGGAUAGAGGAGGAUGAAUUCGAGCGACCACCGGGUCGAGCAACGACCACCGUCAGCCGGGUUAGUUUCAGGUCCAAGUCCGCGUGGCAAGAACAUGGGGAGGAGAGUCGCAACAAUAACCGAUCGUCCCUGAGGUACCGAGAUGGAGAAGUGAGACCAAAGUCUGUGGAGUUGGGAUUGGAGGACAGGAGAAGCAAGCCCGAGGAGGAGCUCAUGCCCGAAGUGGUGAACUUUUCCAUGGUCGCGUGCUGCCACGGCGUGAUGCAGAUCUUGAAAUCCAAGAAAUUCCAGUCGGAGAAGUUGGAGAGGCUUUACCAGCGCUACUUCUUUCGACUCAACCAGAGCAGCCUGACUAUGCUCAUGGCCGUUCUGGUGCUGGUGUGCGCGGUGAUGCUGGGCUUCCACUGCGCCGCAGGACUGUGUCGACUGACGUACGUCGUGGUUUUCUCCACGGCGAUCUUGCUGGUCCUCACACUGAUUCUCGUGUGCAACAGGACCGGCUUCCAUCAGGAUCACAUGUGGAUAGUUUGCUAUGUGAUCAUUUUGGUGGUGCUGCUCGUGCAGGUGAUCGGUGUGAUGUUCGUGGAGCCGCGGAGUGCGUCUGAAGGUAUCUGGUGGACCGUGUUCUUCAUUCAUGUCAUUUACACUCUUCUGCCGGUGCGGAUGCGAGCAGCGGUCAUCACUGGAAUUAUACUGUCUGUGGUACACGUGCUAGUCUCUUGGAAGUUAAACGAAAUGGACGUGUUAUGGAAACAGCUUGUGUCCAACGUGCUGAUCUUCUCCUGUACUAAUAUAGUUGGUGUGUGCACACACUACCCAGCGGAAGGCUCACAGAGACGAGCCUUCCAGGAGACCAGAGAAUGUAUUCAAGCUCGACUGCACUCUCAGAGAGAAAACCAGCAACAGGAACGCCUCCUUCUCUCUGUGCUUCCUCGACAUGUCGCCAUGGAGAUGAAAGCCGACAUAAAUGCCAAACAGGAGGAUAUGAUGUUCCACAAGAUUUAUAUUCAGAAGCAUGACAAUGUGAGUAUUCUCUUUGCCGACAUCGAGGGUUUCACCAGUCUUGCUUCCCAGUGCACUGCCCAGGAGUUAGUGAUGACCCUCAACGAACUCUUUGCACGAUUUGACAAACUGGCCGCCGAGAAUCACUGUCUGCGCAUUAAGAUCCUGGGCGACUGCUACUACUGUGUGUCUGGACUUCCAGAGGCCCGCGCUGACCAUGCGCACUGCUGCGUAGAGAUGGGAGUGGACAUGAUUGAAGCCAUCUCGUUGGUGAGGGAAGUUACCGGUGUCAAUGUCAACAUGCGUGUGGGCAUACACAGCGGGCGAGUCCACUGUGGGGUGCUGGGAUUAAGGAAGUGGCAGUUUGAUGUCUGGUCCAAUGAUGUCACCUUGGCCAAUCACAUGGAAGCUGGGGGCAAAGCAGGGCUGAUCCAUAUCACUAAGGCAACCCUGAACUACCUGAAUGGAGAUUAUGAUGUGGAACCUGGAUUUGGUGGAGAGAGAAACAUCUAUCUUAAGAAGCACAACAUUGAAACAUACCUUAUAGUGGGCUGUAGUCAGAAACGGAAAGAAGAAAAGGCCAUGAUUGCUAAGAUGAACCGGCAGCGCACCAACUCAGUUACCCAUAACAGCACUCACUGGACCGAUCGGCCCUUCUACAAUCACCUGGGUGGCAAUCAGGUUUCCAAGGAGAUGAAGAGGAUGGGAUUUGAAGAUCCGAAAGACAAACAUUUCAUUUUCAGAAACACGCAAGAAAACCUGAACCCUGAAGAUGAGGUUGACGAGUUCCUGGGCCGCGCCAUUGACGCCCGGAGCAUUGACCGGUUACGGUCCGAACAUGUUAAGAAAUUUCUGCUGACUUUCCGAGAACCUGACUUGGAGAAGAAGUACUCCAAACAGGUAGACUCCAGGUUUGGAGCAUACGUAGCCUGCGCAUCCCUUGUCUUUUUAUUCAUCUGCUUCAUUCAGAUCGUCAUUGUACCACACUCGGAGCUGAUGGUGGGCUUCUAUGUGAUUUGUCUGGUCCUCCUGAUGUCUGUCAUGUUCAUCUCGGCCAUUUACUCUUGUUUUGGGUUUUUCCCUGUGCCUCUGCAAACUAUGUCCAAACGGAUUGUUCAGUCCAGACUCAACAGCACCCUGGUGGGGGUUUUUACAAUCAUCCUGGUCUUUCUCUCUGCUUUCAUUAACAUUUUCACCUGCAGUAUGGAUGACCUGAAGACAUGUUUAGGACAGGAGUUUAAUAUCAGCCCCAGUGAAGUGAAUGCUUGCCAUCUCCGCAGCUCUUCCUUUAACUACACUCUCUGGUCUCCGGACAGCCUGUGCAACAGUUUGUCACCCACUUGCAAUUUCCCAGAGUACUUCUCCUCAUGUGUGUUGCUGUGCUUGCUGGCGUGCUCAGUGUUCCUGCAGGUCAGCAGUAUUGGGAAACUCUUCCUCAUGCUCUUCAUUGAGAUCAUGUACGUGCUCAUCAUUGAGGUACCUGAGGUCAGCCUGUUUGACAAUGUGGAUCUGCUGGUCAUGGCCAAUGCUAUCACAUACAUCAAUGGCACAAGCUGUGUAACAGACACGCGGGUUCCUCUGAAGAUCAUCACUCCAGUCGUCAUCACGGUCUUUGUGCUGGCACUGUACCUUCAUGCACAGCAGGUGGAGUCCACUGCAAGACUGGACUUUCUCUGGAAGUUACAGGCUACAGAGGAGAAGGAGGAGAUGGAGGAACUUCAGGCCUACAACCGUCGGCUUCUCCACAACAUCUUGCCCAAAGAUGUGGCCGCACACUUCUUGGCACGCGAGCGGCGGAACGAUGAGCUGUAUUAUCAGUCGUGUGAAUGUGUGGCUGUAAUGUUUGCCUCCAUCAGCAACUUCUCUGAGUUUUAUGUGGAGCUGGAGGCCAACAAUGAAGGUGUGGAGUGCUUGAGACUGCUCAACGAGAUUAUCGCUGACUUUGACGAGAUCAUUAGUGAGGAUCAGUUUCGUCAACUUGAAAAGAUCAAAACCAUUGGCAGCACAUACAUGGCUGCAUCGGGCCUUAAUGACUCCACCUAUGAUAAGGCGGGAAGGACACACAUUCGCGCUCUGGCUGACUAUGCCAUGCGCCUUAUGGACCAGAUGAAAUACAUCAAUGAGCACUCUUUUAAUAACUUCAAAAUGAAGAUUGGUCUCAACAUGGGUCCUGUCGUGGCUGGUGUCAUAGGGGCCCGUAAACCGCAAUAUGAUAUAUGGGGAAAUACUGUGAACGUAGCCAGCCGGAUGGACAGCACUGGGGUACCUGAAAGAAUACAGGUCACAUCAGACCUCUACCAGGUUCUCAGCUCAUAUAACUACACACUUGAGUGCAGAGGGGUUGUUAAAGUGAAGGGCAAAGGAGAAAUGACCACCUACUUUCUAAAUGGAGGACCCAACACCAGUUAACACUCAGCAUCUGACAUUCAGAACGUUUGAGAUGACAUGGGGAGCAGACGCCUGGGGCUGGGCCAGGCUGUUGACGGGCAACCUCCUGGACCAGUCAGAACAGGAUUUGUUCAGAAAACAGCCCUCACCCAAUCAGCAUAUGGCCCUUUGCACACUGAGACUUCCUAUAGGAUUAACGGGGGGCUAGGUCCCCUUUAUAUAAGGUAUGGAACAGCUCCGAAGGAUAGUCCAUCCACAGAGGCAAGGUCAUAUGAAGAGACCAAAGAAACAAAGGAAUCUCAAGGCAUACAAAGCAGUUUCCCCAGUCUUAUAUAUCUUAAAUUGCCAAGAGAGGACAGAUGUGCCUGACUUUGACUCUGUCAGGUAAUAAGGGUGGCGGGACUAUGUUCCUAUUUGACCGACUGAUUCUGGCAGCUCCAAAACAAAACUGCAUAAAAACAAUGAAGCCUAAAUACCUGUAAAACAGCUGUUUUAUGUGUAUAUAAUUCAACCAUGUGUGAGGGAAGAGUCUUGUUUUUACAGUCCUGUUGCUUGUGCAACACUGAUUUGGGGAUAUCACAAUACAUAGAUAUAUCACUAUAAGCUAAUACGCGGAGAGAAGGCCACAGUGGGUACAGCAGCGCUAUAAACCUGUUAUGGAUUACCGAACUCAUAUGCAGCGACUGUGGUUGUUACUGUUCAGGGAGCUAGAGUCAACAGUAUUACCUCUCUGAGUGCUAUAGAGUCAAGAACGCGACUGCUUUGUUAUUGUGUGUCCCAAACACACACACUUAAGUUCACACUCGCAUACACACUGAAUACACUUUUAUGAACAGAGGAUAAUACCCAAAUGUGGCUGUUUUUGUAUUUUGAACAUUUUAUAUUUUGACAAAAGCCAAAAUGUGUCAAAGCUAUUUUAUAUUAUAUAUUUUGUACAAUAAUAUAUAAGAAUUAAGUCUAUAAGCACCAAUAUGUGUGUGUGUGUAUGUA